AUGGCACAACUUCAUUACCCUCUUGAAGAAAGCUCCUACCAACUUCUUGAAGAGAUCGGCUCCGGCGUUAGUGCCAUAGUCUACAAGGCUAUCUGUCUUCCCAUGGACUCUUCCACUGUCGCCAUUAAAGCCAUUGAUCUUGACAGAUCCCGGGCAGACUUCGACAACAUCAGACAAGAAGCCAAAUUCAUGUCCCUCCUCUCUCAUCCCAACAUCCUUAAAGCCCACUGUUCCUUCACCGUUAAUCGCCGUCUUUGGGUUGUCAUGCCCUUCAUGUCUGCUGGUUCUCUUCAAUCCAUCAUUAACUCUUCCUUCCCUGAUGGCUUAUCUGAACCCUGCAUCGCUUUUGUUCUCAAAGAAAUUCUCAAUGCUCUCUUGUAUCUACAUGAUCAAGGCCACCUUCAUAGGGAUAUCAAAGCUGGUAACAUUCUUAUUGAUUCAGAUGGGUCUGUUAAACUCGCAGACUUUGGUGUCUCUGCUUCCAUCUAUGAAUCCAAGCACACUUCUUCUUUUUCUUCAUCUUCAUCGUCUCUGAUGCUCAAUGAUGUCGCUGGGACGCCUUACUGGAUGGCACCUGAAGUCAUACAUUCUCAUACUGGGUAUAGCUUUAAGGCUGAUAUUUGGUCUUUUGGUAUCACUGCUUUAGAAUUGGCUCAUGGUAGACCUCCUCUCUCUCAUCUUCCUCCCUCGAAAUCUCUGGUCAUGAGGAUCACCAGCCGCUUUCGAUUCUCUGAUUAUGAAAAGAGUAAGAAAGCAAAUAACAAGAAGUUCUCUAAGAAUUUCAGAGAAAUGGUGGCAUCUUGUCUGGAUCAAGACCCUUCAAAGAGACCCACUGCCGAGAAGUUGCUGAAACAUCCCUUCUUCAAGAACUGCAAGAACGCCGAUUUCCUUAUCAAGAAUGUCUUGCAAGACUUGCCCACUGUAGAGGAAAGGUUCAAGAAGAGCAAAGUGGAUUACCCAUUACCGGUUCAUGAAGAAAGCUCCGAAGAAGACGAAUCGUAUGGUGGUACCAUUGUCAAGCAUCGGAGGAUAAGUGGGUGGAAUUUCAAUGAACAAGACUUGGAGUUUAGCCCUGUUUUUCCAAUAGAAAGAGAAGAGAGCUCCAUUAUCUCCGAUCAUGAACAAAAAGAUGAUUCCAUUGUCAAACGAGUUCGAUUUGGGGGCGAAUCGAUCAUCCAUAACCAACAGUCUACCCGCAGAGAAAAAGAUUGUGUGGGAGCUCACACAACUCCACCAGCUCAAGUUGAAACUCCGGCACAGGUUGAAGUACCUGCUGAUGCCAACGUUGUGGGUAUGGCAUCUGAUAUGGGAGCAAGUGGUGAUAUGGGUCCACAAUUGGUCUGUGGCUUAUCAGAGCUACAACGCAGUUUGGAUUACCAGAGGGAAAUGGUGUCUACUCUAUUGGCCACUUAUGGUGGUGAAAAAGCAAUUGGAGUUGCAGAGAUGAGUCGUGAAGAACAGCUCCAGAAGAUGAUAGAAGAACUGAGGAUUGAACUAGAGCAAGAGAAGCGUAAGACUGCUACUUUGGAAAUGGACAUGGAGUCGUUGAGGAAGAGGUACGCGGCCGAACAACAAUAG